CAGAAUUGGGUGCAUAAUAACUCAAAAAAUCAAAACCUACUUCUGGGCAGCAACGGAAGUUGACAAGAUUGUCUUCCUAAAUUUACCACAAGUCAAUAACUUUAACGAAGGCAUCAAUUACUUUUGAUGCUUUAUCAACAAGAAUUGAAUCCAUAAAAGGCAUCCUAUAAAAACUCUAGAAAUGGUAGUGGUUAGCUGGGCUUGAGGGUGAUUAUGAUGAACUAACCAAAAUAAAAAACCAGACUGGCAGUGAAAAUAAUUUAAAUGGUUAAAAAAUUGAUCAUAAAUGGACUCUGAUAUUUUUAACAGAGAGAUGCUGCCAGCCAAGAGACUUUGUUAGCCUAAUCUGCGAAAAUGGUCAAACAAAUUUCGUCCUUCCUUCUUCUUCUCUUCGCCUUGUUCCUUGGAAACUCUUUCUCUCAAGCUGCAAGAUCUGUUCUUGUUCUUCAACCCACAGAGCCUCAAGUACUGAAGUCCUUCAAGAUCAAACCAGUACAGGCCGAUGCAAGGGCCAGAAGCUGUUCAUAUUCUGUCUCCAUCAGGACCAGCUGCUCAUCUUCAUCUUACACAAGGGACAGAGUCAGCCUUGCCUUUGGUGAUUCCUAUGGCAAUGAGGUGUAUGCACCAAGAUUAGAUGAUCCAUCUUCCAGGACGUUUGAGAGGUGUUCCAGUGAUACAUUCCAGAUUCAGGGACCAUGUACCUACGACAUCUGCUACAUCUACUUGCUGAGGGUCGGAUCCGAUGGGUGGAUGCCGGAAAGUGUCAAAGUUACGGGGCCUGAUCGGAGGACACUUACCUUUAAUUACAAUACAUUUCUGCCUAAUGGAGUUUGGUUUGGGUUUAAUCAUUGUAAUGCUUCGUCCAAAUCCAACUCUGGCGUGGCUAUGUGACGGUCUUUUUAAUUCUUCGUUUUCUGACAUUUUGAAUUCGCGGAUCAAGAAUAAAUGGAGUGAACAUGAUGAACUGAAUGUGCUUGUUAGAUUCAAAAAUGCUUCCUCCGUCUCAAAAUGAUUGCCUUGUUUUGGGACUGUGUAACUAUAUGCUCUAUUGUGUAUCAAGUUGUAAGUCAAGUUGUGUAGGAAGUUGAGGUUAUUGUUUGUUUCUUUCUUGCAAGAUCUCCGAUUCGUUUUUGAGCUUCAAGAUGCAAAUUUUCCUUUGGGCUUCAGAAUAGUAGAGACGUGCGAUCUAGUGCUGGGGAUUUUGUGGUUAAAUGGCUGGUGUUUGGGAAGAAAGUUUAAUAAAAAAUAAGUUAUAUAUUUACAACAAGCGCCUGUAGCUCAGCGGAUAGAGCGUCUGUUUCCUAAGCAGAAAGUCGUAGGUUCGAUCCCUACCUGGCGCGAUUUAUUCUUACUUUUUUUCCCCACUUUUUAGCU